AGAAACCAGGAACAAAAAACAAUGAAAGUGAAAACGGUGAAAGGAAACUGGAGCUUGAGAACGAACAAGCUGGGUUUUCCUUACGUCUUCCUCAUUUGCAUCUUCUUCUUCCUCGCUGGAUUCUUCGGUUCUGCUCUCUUCUUUCACUCUCAGGACGAUGGACAUGGCAUGAGGCCGGGACCAAGGCUUCUAGAAUCUACGAAGGAGGAGACGGAGUACAAUCUGUUGCUGGCGGGAGAGUCCGGUGACGAUUCCAUUACAUCGAUUCCUUUUCAGGUUUUGAGCUGGCAACCUCGAGCUCUGUAUUUUCCAAAUUUUGCAACUGCGGAACAAUGUGAAAGUAUAGUUGAUAUUGCAAAGGCAGGCCUCAAACCAUCAACCUUGGCAUUGCGCAAGGGAGAAACGGAGGAGAAUACCAAGGGAAUUAGAACAAGCUCUGGCGUGUUUAUUAGUGCUUCUGAGGAUAAAACUGGGACUUUAGAGGUAAUUGAAGAGAAAAUUGCUAGAGCAACGAUGAUUCCCAGGUCUCAUGGAGAGGCAUUUAAUAUCUUACGCUAUGAGAUCGGGCAGAGAUAUAAUUCUCAUUAUGAUGCGUUCAAUCCCUCUGAAUAUGGCCCACAAAAAAGCCAAAGGGUGGCUUCAUUUUUGUUGUAUUUAACUGAUGUUCAGGAAGGUGGCGAGACAAUGUUCCCAUUUGAGAAUGGCUCCAACAUGGAUGGUAGCUACAGUUACGAGAGCUGCAUUGGUCUAAAAGUAAGGCCACGCCAGGGCGAUGGGCUACUAUUUUAUUCAUUGUUCCCUAAUGGUACAAUAGAUCCGACAUCGCUCCAUGGGAGCUGCCCUGUGAUAAAAGGGGAGAAGUGGGUGGCUACAAAGUGGGUAAGGGAUCAAGAACAGUAUGAUUAGGUUCAAACUCUUAAUAAAUUGAUCGUUCUACUCUCCUGCCUCUUAUAUCUUCUGUAAUAUCUACAUGUAUGCCGUACAAUUUGACUUUUAUGAUCAAAUGAAUAAUGAAAGGAAAAAUUUUGGUCA